AUGCGGGGUUGCCAUGGAGACCGAUACCAGGAGCCUGACAGCCCUGGGGGCCGGCCUGUGGCUCAGGGCCCAGCCCUGCGCCCCCGAAGAGCGUCAGGUCGACAGAUGCUGCAGGGCUGCAGGGGGGCAGGACAGACGGACCACCUGUGGCUGGCCAACCCCUCCUGUCUCCCGGGUGCUGCGGUGGGCCCAGAGCUGUCCUUCCGAUUCCGCUUCCCACUCCCAGAGCCCCCAGGCUGGGCCCAAGCCCGGCCCAUCCCCCACCGCAAAUGUCCCAUCCCAGGCUGCGGACAGACCCCUGCCGGCCCGGGAGAAGCCUGGCUCCUGGUUCCAGAUACUUCGAACAGACACAUCAAGGCCACCUUGUCCCUCCGCACGGACACCCGAGCUCCAAGGAAGGGGAAGUCCCCGCGGCCCCGGAGAGCUUCCACCCCGCCAGUCGGCCCCUGUCCCGCCUUCCCUAUCCCCUCGGCCACUGCUCGGGUCCCCGACAUCUCCAGGCGCCGCUCUGCCAUGCAACAGUUUGGGGCGGCCCGAGCCUCCCCUGGGGCGAUUAAGGCCCCCCUGGGGGAUCAAGGCCCAGCCGCCCCCUCCCCCGCCGCUUCGGGUGCUGCCCGCGCGGUCGGCCGCCGUCUUUACAUUCUCGAGCCCCGCUUCCGUCUGCCCCGGCGGCCGCCUCCCUCCCCGAGUCCCCAGCUCCCCGGCCGGCGUCCCCGCGGCCCGCCCCUCCCCCAGCCCCCGCCCGGCCCGGCCCGGCCCGGCGGGGAAACCGGGCGGCGGGGACCCGGGCCCGGCGCUCCCCCGCCGCGUCCCCCGCCGCCACGCCGACGGUCCCCCCCCGCGCCGCCCGGGGCUCAACCCGGGGCCGCACACUCACCCGCGGGCGCCGUCCGGGCUCCCGGGGCCGCCGUCCGCCGCCCGCGCCGCCGCGCCCCGUUCGGCUCCGGCUUCGGCCCGGGCUGGGCUGGGGGAGGCCGGGGCGCGCCCUCCCUCCGCGCCGCCGCCGCCACAGGCCGGGCAGGGUCGCGGGCGCCUUCCCCGCCGCGGAGUUGUCCGGGGAGCGGUCCUGGGCCCGAGCCGGGCGAGCGCGGUGGCAGGCUCGCCGUCCUCGCCGCCCCCGCCCGCACCGUCCGCGCCCCGGGCUCCGCGCCGCCCUGCGCGUCGUGGCCGGAGGCUGGCGGGCGACAGGCGGGCGCUCCCUCCGCGCCGCGCGGCCGCAAGUGCACAGAGCAGGCCCUCGCGCGCCCCGGCCCCGCCGCGCGCCCCUCCUCCCGGCUUCGCGCUCAACCUGCUCGCCCGCUUCGCCGCCGCUCCCCCAACCUCCGCGGCCCGCUCCGGUCGCCUCCUCCCCGUCUGCAAGCCACGCCACCCCCCACCCCCCUCCAGUCCCGCUGCCAGUUUAACUCCUGA